AUGGAUAAAGGUGCAUUUAUCGACGAGUUACGUGCUGCAUUAACAGAUUCAAAUAAACUGAUAAACAUGCACCGAGGAGCAUUAAUGCGAGUGAGAACGUAUGCUGAUAUGAUCGAAGAAUUAACUAAUAUUAGUAGUCAAGAUGUUAUCAAAGAUGUACAAAACAAAUAUAAACAAAAUCAAACUGAAGCUUUUAUAAUAAAGGUAAUAUUGAAUUAUAAAAAUAAUUUAAUGGUAAAUGAUGAAACAUUAACGAUUGGAAAAUAUGAUCAAUUAAUUGGUUAUGGAAAUAUUGCUGCAUCACAGUCGAAUAGUUUCAGUAGUGAUGCAACAAAUCCUAAUGAAAUAACAGAUAAAUCAAAUGAAUUUACUCAAGAAGUAAAAUCCACAACUAGUGCAGAUAAUAUCAAAUCUGGUGCGAAUAAGGAUGAUACUAAAGAUAAAAAUUUCCAUUGA